UUAGGCUGACUACGUGCGCGCACCCUAAUGUUGUAUUGAAGUUGCUCGUCGUGUGCCUCGGGGUCGCGCCCGGGAUCUUAAAGCGACAGGCUAGAAGACGGGAGCGCGCUGCUCGUCCUGGAGGAGAGAAUCUGCUUCCCCUCGCCGCUAGGGAUUUUGCGGUGAGCGAGGAGCCGCCUGUGACCUCCUGUGAUCCUAACCUCCGGAGACGGAGGAGCCCAAGGCCCGAAGCCAGGCAGGCGACACGGAGGCACAAGAGGGCAGACGGCAGGAGAGAAGAUACUGUGCAUCGUGAAAGCCCAUCUUGCCACUUUGCCUUCCCGACAUCACAAAUGCGACCAUGGGAGCUGGCAGUGAAUAGAUGGCCUCCUUCAGCGCCCAUUAACCAGCGGAGGUUCUUGGGACCCUGCAGCGCCCCAGCACACCUCAGGCGAAGCCCUCCAGUGAGGCGUCAGUGGGGAAGGAGGGACAGACCUCAACAGAGUAUCGUCAGUCAGGAUGAUAGUUCCUUGUGGGCUGCCUUCUUUCCUGUAGAUGAACAUAGAGUUUACGCCCUCACCAGCACUCCACCACGAAUGCUCCACCCCGCUUCACACUCCACUCAGCAAACUCCAUUCAUGGUUGACCUUCAUGAACAGGUGCACCAGGGACCUGUCCCUCUUUCAUAUACUGUUACAACAGUAACUCAAGGUUUCCCUUUGCACACUGGGCAACACAUCCCAGGGUGCAGCACGCAGCAGCUGCCAGCAUGUUCUGUCAUGUUCAGCAGCCAGCACUAUCCACUUUGCUGCCUGCCUCCUCCGAUCAUCCCAGGGUGCACCAUGCAGCAGCUUCCUGUUUCGUACCAGCCAUUUCCUCCUCUCUUAUCCAGCGAGCAUUACAUCUUGCACCCUCACCCACCGCUGCCACCACACCAGCCGCCUCAUUUGGCCUCUCUGACCCCAUUUGUUACGGUGCAGCCACAGAGAGUGCCACUGCAGAGGAUAGACAAUGAGUUAGAUCUUCGAGGGGACCAACAUCACAUGGGCAAUUUCCCAUUCCACCACUCUCACCCUGUGCCUGCAAUACCCCAUUCAGCGCCCAUGCAUUACCUCUCCCAUGAUGCACUGCACCAGGAGCUAUCCUUUCCAGUGCCAUAUGCCCAUUUGAUGCCACGGCGAAUAAAUGCCCAACGAUAUCGCCUACAGCAACCACUGCCGCCUCCUGCACUGCCUCCUUCAUAUUAUCCCAGCUUUCUCCCCUACUUUCUUUCCAUGCUUCCUGUAUCUCCCACUUCUGUUGGCCCAGCAAUCAGUUUGGAUUUGGAUGUGGACGAUGUGGAAAUGGAGAACUAUGAGGCAUUGCUUAACUUAGCUGAACGCUUAGGAGAGGCAAAACCCCGUGGACUCACCAAAGCCAACAUUGAACAGCUUCCAUCAUACCGCUUCAACCUUGAGAGCCACCAGUCCGAGCAGACGUUGUGUGUGGUGUGCUUUAGUGACUUUGAAAGUCGGCAGCUUCUUAGAGUGUUACCUUGUAACCACGAGUUCCAUGCAAAGUGUGUUGAUAAGUGGCUAAAGUCCAACCGCACAUGUCCCAUCUGCCGGGCUGAUGCCUCUGAAGCUCACAGAGAUGGGGAGUGAGGACAAGAAUUUGCCCUCUCCACUUCCUGCCAGUGCACAAACCCAGAGGGAUCAACAUAAAGUAAACCAGCCUCCUUGCCUGUCUCGGAUGCUUCAGCUUCCCCCUCCACUUGCACUUGUCCUAGCGGCUAGGACACAGCAGAUUUGAAUCUGGAGGUGGUGUCAAGAGUCAUACAUUCCACUGUCUCCAUCCCAGUACCUCUACACCCCAGUACUUCCCAGCUGAGCUCCUACAUUAUGUAUUGUAGUUGUGGGACUUGGGAGGGAUUCAAGGUGUGUUGGAGAUGAAAUUGGGUUGCAUAUUGGAGAGUAACUUUUUCUCCCUUUUCUCCAGUGUGGGUAGCUGAGGCUAACAGGUUAAAAAUAAAUUAAAAGGACUGGAUCUUUAAGGCCAGUGCUGACCCCCGAACGGGAAUUUGAGGCAUUACCAGGGGCUCCCUGUCUGCAAAUUUCUUCUGUCAGCCCCUUAGUUGAGGGGAAUGUCACAGCUGCUUAUUGAAAUAUGUUUGCACUGAAGCCCUAGCGGGCGGUUUUGUUAUUUUUCUUUCAAUUCUGUGGACCAGCAUUUUAUGUUCUAUUACUUGAUGCCAUGAGAACUAAUUGCAUUCAAAGAAGGUUGUAAUAUCAGUUUGGCCUUUUUAAACUUUAUAUUAGUAUCGUUCCGUAAUCCUGUUUUUUAAUCUUGUCUCCGGCUUCGUUCAAACGUGUGUGGUUUUAGCAAUCCAUUCCAGUCUACCUGAGAGCAAUGAAAUAGUGUGAUUUGAAACAAGCAUGAUUUACAGUAACGCAAUAGAUGUUUUUGUUUGUGACCCAGUGAGGAAUCUCAACCUUUUUGCUCUGCUUUAGAUCAGCAAUUUCUUUUUUCUUUUAUUUCAUGGAGCAGAGGUGAAAAUUAGGAAGGCAUCACAGUUUUGCCUCUGCUAUAGAAGAGGCAAAAGAAGACAAGGGGCUCUUUGCAGUUUUUUGAUCACCAGCUAACCCUUUCUUUACCUCUUGACCUUUACUAACGAGUCACUACUGCCAUGUGCCAUUUCAUGUAAUGCAAGAUAUUAUUGCUAAUACAGAUAUGUUGCAGGUAUCUCUGCUCCUAGCAGUAUCCUCGGUUCGCUUUAGACAAGCUUUCUAGCAGACGUUGUAUUGGCCAGUCUAGUGGUGCAGGAGCUGUUUGCCCAUAAUCUUUCUCCUGUCUUCUGCUAGCAGAAGCCCUGGUAAUGCCUCCGUAGUGUAUGUUAGGCAGCAGAUCACACAGUUGCAGGCUGGUGUGACAUUGCAGGGUCAAAUCUGUUGCACGCCAAGCUGUGUUCUAGUGAUUGCACUCGGCACCUGCGGUUUCCCCAUUCAAGCUUCCCUGUGAGUUACCGAACACGGGGUUACCUGUGGGCAAGCAGCUGCCUUAUUUAAUGAUUUGUAUCUGUUUUUAGUUCAAGUUUGCAUGAUUGAACAGCAAUGAAAACAACAAGAGCCAACCAAUCAUUUCCGAUCUGUGUGCGCAUUUUUAAUGGUCAGACAGAAAGAGUCUGUCUUAAUGUUUCACAAUAUGCAUGUCUGAGCAGCUUGGAAUAUGGUAUCCGCUAACCCUUGGCCGUCUGUGGAGUGACGUGAGGGGGGUGGGUGGGACUGGGAUACGCAUUAUAUAGGGAUAUGUAUCAUGCUGAGCUGAUCCCUGCUGUGCACUUGUUCGCAAGCAGAAGGCACCUCAACUGUUUGUUGGGAUGUGAAUUCUUUUCUUUUUUUUUCUUCAGCCUAGAACGGUCACACUCGGGCAGGGAUUGUGUGCGAAUGGGGUGUUCUUAGACCAAAAGUAAUUGAAUUCAGUAAAAAGAGUGGCCCAUAGCACAUAACAGUGGGUAACUGCCGGACAUUUCACACUAUGUUUAAGAACUAGUUCAACAUAGUCAUUUUUUCAUUGCUGUUAAACUCUACCCAAUUCUGAGCCAUAAAAUAGAAAGGAUGUUAAAGUAUAUCUGCAGCCAAAAUCGUUUUUUGGUUUUGGGUGUAAAGUGCUAAUUUCAGUCUCCUUUGGGGGUUCUUACAGCUCUUUGGCUGGU